AUGGUCACCCGCAAAGCUACCCACGCCGGCUCCUGGUAUACGGACAACAAACAGCUCCUAUCGCAGCAACUCGACGGCUGGCUCGGAGAGGUUCCCGACUCCACAACGCCCAUCGGCUCGGCGUCCUCACAACAAGGCCAAGUUUCUAUACCGACGCCCAAUGCGCGGGCCAUCAUCGCCCCGCAUGCCGGAUACUCGUACUCAGGUCCUGCUGCUGCAUGGGCCUACAAGAGCGCUGACUGGGCGAAUGCCAAACGUGUUUUCCUCCUCGGCCCUUCUCACCACUACUACCUCACUGGAGCUGCAACAACGGGCUGCGAUAAGUACCGUACACCUCUCGGCGACCUCACUAUAGACACAGAGCUAGUCGAGGAAAUACAAAAAGAGUGGGACCUGGAAACAAUGUCCAAGGGAGUAGACGAGGACGAACAUAGCUUGGAGAUGCAUCUACCUUACAUCUACAAGAUGUUGUCACUGAAGAACACGACUUUCCAGAACGACUCGACAUCUGUUCCACUAGUCCCCAUCAUGAUCGGCAACACUGAUGCAACCGCUGAAGCUCACUACGGCUCCCUCCUCGCGCCUUACCUCUCUGAUUCUUCCAACAUCUUCGUCAUCUCAUCUGACUUCUGUCACUGGGGUUCCCGCUUUCGAUACACGUACUAUCAGCCAGCUGAUGGUUCAGCAGCAACCCAGCUUCGGUCAAGCUCCCGCGUACCUAGCGACUAUCCUAUACACGAGAGCAUUGCGGCUGUCGAUCACGAGAGUAUCGAUGCGGUAGAGAGUGGGUCACAUAAACAGUUCUUGGAUCAGCUCAGGAAGACGGGCAACACCGUGUGCGGAAGGCAUCCAAUUGGUCUCUUCAUGGCUGCGGUAGAGAAGGCAGGUGAGUUGGGUGAAGGAAAGGGCAUAUUCAAGUUCCUACGGUAUGAGAGGAGCAGUCUGGUGGAAGGAGUGAAAGAUAGCAGUGUAUCGUAUUGCAGUGCUUUUGCAGUACUGUGA